UAAUUUUGAAAGUCUAAGAGGGGUAAUUCUGUCUCCUAAAACCCUAGCUCCGCAUAAGCUGGACCUCUUGUCAUAUUUGGGCUCUUGACCCUCUCUCACUCUUCAUACCAGACAGCUCCUGCGGCUGCCACCCACCAAUCCCGAAUGGCUGAAGAGAAGAAGUUGGCGAACCCCAUGAGGGAGAUCAAGGUCCAGAAGCUGGUCCUCAACAUCUCCGUCGGUGAGAGCGGAGAUAGACUCACGAGAGCCGCCAAGGUUUUGGAGCAACUCAGUGGCCAAACACCCGUUUUCUCCAAAGCAAGGUACACUGUCCGAUCCUUUGGUAUCAGGCGUAAUGAGAAGAUUGCCUGUUACGUCACCGUGAGGGGUGACAAGGCAAUGCAACUUUUGGAGAGUGGAUUGAAGGUCAAGGAAUAUGAGUUGCUACGAAGGAACUUUAGUGACACUGGUUGUUUUGGAUUUGGCAUCCAGGAGCACAUUGAUUUGGGAAUCAAGUACGAUCCUUCUACUGGUAUCUAUGGAAUGGAUUUCUACGUUGUUUUGGAGCGUCCAGGUUAUCGUGUGGGUCGUCGUCGCAGGUGCAAGUCUCGCGUGGGGAUCCGGCACAGGGUCACAAAGGAUGAUGCCAUGAAAUGGUUCCAGGUCAAGUAUGAGGGUGUGAUUCUUAAUAAGUCGCAGCAGCUCACAGCUUAGGCCCCAACUUUUGUCGAAUUAGUUUGUUCAGUCUCUAUGACCAGCCUCUCGUAAAUUUCAGUUUUGUCAAAGCUUGAGUUAAGGUUUGGAACAGAAUAUGUUAAUUUGUUUUUCGAAUGAUACGCUUCUGGAUAUACCUCUAAAAAUUUUGAAGUUACUAUAUACCAUUAGAUCUUGAGUUGCCU